AUCCCGCUGCCGCAGGAGAGAAGAAGCUUGCCCCGGCCCUGCUCUCCAGCCUUCAUCCGGUCGCCCACAGAGACCGAGCACUUGGCCUCCGUCUUGGCCUCCGCUGAGCUCCCGCCUUCGUUGCACGCACCACUUCUGCUGUCCAAGAAGUGCCCCAGCCCUACGCCGGCGACCACAAUGACGGAGACCAACAACGAAUGCAGCAUCAAGGUGCUCUGCCGAUUUCGGCCCCUGAACCAGGCCGAGGUUCUGCGGGGAGACAAGUUCAUCCCCAUUUUCCAAGGGGACGACAGCGUCGUUAUUGGGGGGAAGCCAUAUGUCUUUGACCGUGUGUUCCCCCCAAACACGACUCAGGAGCAAGUUUACCAUGCAUGUGCCAUGCAGAUUGUCAAAGACGUCCUUGCUGGCUACAAUGGCACCAUAUUUGCUUAUGGACAGACAUCCUCAGGGAAAACACAUACCAUGGAGGGGAAGCUGCACGACCCCCAGCUGAUGGGAAUCAUUCCUCGAAUUGCCCGAGAUAUCUUCAACCACAUCUACUCCAUGGACGAGAACCUUGAGUUCCACAUCAAGGUUUCCUACUUUGAGAUUUACCUGGACAAAAUUCGUGACCUUCUGGAUGUGACCAAGACGAAUCUGUCUGUGCAUGAGGACAAGAAUCGGGUGCCAUUUGUCAAGGGUUGUACUGAACGCUUUGUGUCCAGCCCGGAGGAGAUUUUAGAUGUGAUUGAUGAGGGGAAAUCGAAUCGUCAUGUGGCUGUCACCAACAUGAAUGAACACAGCUCUCGCAGCCACAGCAUCUUCCUAAUCAACAUCAAGCAGGAGAACAUGGAGACUGAGCAGAAGCUCAGUGGGAAGCUGUAUCUGGUGGACCUGGCUGGGAGUGAGAAGGUCAGCAAGACUGGAGCAGAGGGAGCCGUGCUGGACGAGGCAAAGAACAUCAACAAGUCACUGUCGGCUCUGGGGAACGUGAUCUCUGCCCUGGCUGAGGGCACCAAAAGCUAUGUUCCGUAUCGCGACAGCAAAAUGACUCGGAUUCUCCAGGACUCUCUGGGAGGAAACUGCCGGACAACUAUGUUCAUUUGCUGCUCACCAUCCAGCUACAAUGAUGCGGAGACCAAGUCCACCCUGAUGUUUGGGCAGCGGGCAAAGACCAUUAAGAACACCGCUUCAGUGAACCUGGAAUUGACAGCUGAGCAGUGGAAGAAGAAGUAUGAGAAGGAGAAGGAGAAGACAAAGGCUCAAAGGGAAACCAUUGCAAAGCUAGAGGCUGAGCUGAGCCGCUGGCGCAAUGGAGAGAAUGUGCCUGAGACGGAGCGGCUGGCUGGGGAGGAUGCAGUGCUGGGAGCUGAGCUCUGCGAGGAGGCUCCUAUGAAUGACAACUCCUCCAUCGUGGUGCGCAUAGCGCCUGAGGAGCGGCAGAAAUACGAGGAGGAGAUCCGCCGUCUCUACAAACAGCUCGAUGACAAGGACGAUGAGAUCAACCAGCAGAGCCAGCUCAUAGAGAAACUCAAGCAGCAGAUGCUGGACCAGGAAGAGCUGCUGGUGUCCACCCGAGGAGAUAAUGAGAAGGUCCAGCGGGAGCUGAGCCACCUGCAGUCAGAGAAUGACGCUGCCAAGGAUGAGGUGAAGGAAGUGCUGCAGGCCCUGGAGGAGCUGGCUGUGAACUACGACCAGAAGUCUCAGGAAGUGGAGGAAAAGAGCCAGCAGAACCAGCUUCUGGUGGAUGAGCUGUCUCAGAAGGUGGCCACCAUGCUGUCCCUGGAGUCUGAGUUGCAGCGGCUACAGGAGGUCAGCGGACACCAGCGAAAACGAAUUGCUGAGGUGCUGAAUGGGCUGAUGAAGGACCUGAGUGAGUUCAGCGUCAUCGUGGGCAACGGGGAGAUUAAGCUGCCGGUGGAGAUCAGUGGGGCCAUCGAGGAGGAGUUCACUGUGGCCCGGCUCUACAUCAGCAAAAUCAAAUCAGAGGUCAAGUCUGUGGUCAAGCGGUGCCGGCAGCUGGAGAACCUCCAAGUCGAAUGUCAUCGCAAAAUGGAAGUGACUGGGCGGGAGCUCUCGUCCUGCCAACUCCUCAUCUCCCAGCACGAGGCCAAGAUCCGCUCGCUCACAGAAUACAUGCAGAGCGUGGAGCUAAAGAAGCGGCACCUGGAAGAGUCCUAUGACUCCCUGAGUGAUGAGCUGGCCAAGCUCCAGGCCCAGGAAACUGUGCAUGAAGUGGCCCUGAAGGACAAAGAGCCAGACACACAGGAUGCAGAUGAAGUGAAGAAGGCCCUGGAGCUGCAAAUGGAGAGUCACCGGGAGGCCCAUCACCGGCAGCUGGCCCGGCUUCGGGAUGAGAUCAAUGAGAAGCAGAAGACCAUUGAUGAGCUCAAAGACCUGAAUCAGAAGCUCCAGUUAGAGCUAGAGAAGCUUCAGGCAGACUACGAGAAGCUGAAGAAUGAAGAACAUGAGAAGAGCGCCAAACUCCAGGAGCUGACAUUUCUGUAUGAGCGGCACGAGCAGUCCAAGCAGGACCUCAAGGGUCUGGAGGAGACCGUUGCCCGGGAACUCCAGACCCUCCACAACCUUCGCAAGCUGUUCGUUCAAGACGUCACGACUCGAGUCAAGAAAAGUGCAGAAAUGGAGCCCGAGGACAGUGGGGGGAUUCAUUCCCAAAAGCAGAAGAUUUCCUUUCUUGAGAACAACCUGGAACAGCUUACAAAGGUUCACAAACAGCUGGUACGUGACAAUGCAGAUUUGCGUUGUGAGCUUCCUAAAUUGGAAAAACGACUUAGGGCUACGGCUGAGAGAGUUAAGGCCCUGGAGGGUGCACUGAAGGAGGCCAAGGAGGGCGCCAUGAAGGACAAGCGCCGGUACCAGCAGGAGGUGGACCGCAUCAAGGAGGCCGUUCGGUACAAGAGCUCCGGCAAGAGGGGCCACUCUGCCCAGAUCGCCAAACCCGUCCGGCCUGGCCACUACCCGGCGUCCUCACCCACCAACCCCUAUGGCACCCGGAGUCCCGAGUGCAUCAGUUACACCAACAGCCUCUUCCAGAACUACCAGAAUCUGUACCUGCAGGCUGCACCAGGCUCCACCUCAGAUAUGUACUUUGCAAACUCCUGUACCAGCAGUGGGGCCAUGUCUUCUGGCGGCCCCUUGGCUUCGUACCAGAAGGCCAACAUGGACAAUGGAAAUGCCACAGAUAUCAACGACAACAGGAGUGACCUGCCAUGCGGCUAUGAAGCUGAGGACCAGGCCAAGCUUUUCCCUCUCCACCAAGAGACGGCAGCCAGCUAAUCUCCCCCAAGGCGGCUGCAUACCUGCACUUUCAGGUAGCUUCAGGCCGCUUCCUCUGACCAGCCUCAAGUUACCUGCUUUCUUGCCCUCGGCCUCUUUGUUUCUUCUGCUCUUUCUUUUAUCAUAUCAAAGCUUUUACUACAUUGUUGUCCCUCGACUCCUGCCUUUCCCUUCUAGGGCCCACAUUUGUGCUGCCCCACGUCCUCUGGACACUGACCUCCCUUCCCCCGUUACACUUUCCUUUUGGUUGUAGUAGUAACCACAGUACUGCCUUUCUGCCACUAGGCGGCACUGCCACAUGUCAAAAGAAGUGAGAAAGGGAGGGUGGAGCCAGAGCCACACACUGGUCAUAGGACCGAAAUAGAUUUUAAGAGACUUUGGGAGAUCAUCUCAGCCCUCCCUCUGCCUCCGCCCUAAAAUAAUUUGGGGUGGAUGGGUAUUUUCUAAGACAUCUCCAGUAAAAGAGAUGUUCCAUGUAUUCCUGCACCCGUGUCCUAUACUCCUCGUCUGUGUAUUGCCAGUAAGUUUUAGGAAAUGCCCAGCAGUCCGACUUUUUGUGUAUUCAGCUGCGGUGUUAGCAUCCCUCUCUCAUCUUGCCCAGUGGAGGUGGAAAACAGCUGCGUCCCCGCCCGCAAGCCCUCCCCUCCCUUCCCCGCCUCAGUCCCCCGUCCUCUCCUGCAGCAGCACAGGCGCCUGCCUCUUGGUUCCUGUGUGUCACCGAGCUUCUACCGUGGCUGCUUUCGGGGCCCAGACCUGGGUGCUGUGGUCCUGUUUGAUGGCCCACUUUGGAACCUUGGAGAACUAGAAAGGAGAAAACGCAGCCAGUCUCUUAAAGGGCUGCAUCCGAGUGAGCCCUCUCCAGGGGUUUUCCAGAACAGUAGGCCAGGCACACACAGGCAGAAAGGCAUGAGAAGCAGAGGAGUCGAAUAGGGAAGGACGGGUUAGGAAGACCGGGGGUGGAGGGGGAGGGGUGAGGAGGGCGGUGUCCGGUUGUUGGAAUUAAAGGAACAGGACUGCACACAAACCAGUCUGUACAAUGCUAUUCUUGUUCCGUGGCUGGGCUGCAGGUGGGUUGCUCACAACCUCUUUCUCUUUCUCUCCAGUUUCUAAGAGGGACUGAGGCCUCUUCUCUCAGCAUGCUGCAAACCUGUGGUCUCUGAUGCUAACUCCCUCCCCAACCCUCGUUAUUCGACUGUACUAUGUUUGAUGUCUUCUCUUACUCUGUAUCUCUUUGUACUCUGUAUCUAUAUAUCAAAAGCUGCUGCUAUGUCUCUCUCUUCUGUCUCACUCUCUAAGUAUCUAAUGAUGUAUUUAGCAAUUUCUGAGCAUAGUAUACCCUCCUUAUUUGGGAAAAUACGGAGGGCGAAUGUUUCUUCUUUCUCUCACAUAUGCGUCUCUCACAUGCGUAGCAUUAGUCAUGAAGAUGAUAAAAGGAAAAAUGGAAGCUACAGGGCUGUGACCCCUCACACACAUAUACACACAUGCACACACACAUGCACACACACACGAAGCCUUAAGCAGGAGAAUGUCUUAGCAUCAUAAAAAGAUACAGAAAUAGAUUCUUCCUCCCUCUUCUUUCACAUAUAGCACAGGGGAGGGUAAAAUGGAAGGAUUACUAAAUCAUAUGUAGACUUUUCUUCAUUCACCUUUCACCCAAACCGAGGGAUUCCAGGUAUGCACCCCUGCCCUUCAAAGUCUGCCUUUGGCCUCCCUCUUCCUGUUCUCCCCUGGAUGGCCGAGAACAUGGAUCGCUCAAGGGACCACUUCCCUUUCUCCUCAAAACUCCUUUUGAUGGUCUCGACCCCAGAGCUCCUGACUAGAACCUAGAGUUGUUUUCAAAUAUUUUGAAAGAUUGAGGAGGCAGACCCUCCUGACAGUCUGACAAAUGGUCGCUCAUCUUUCUCUCGUAGCAGUUAUAGGCAAGCAUAGUCAAAUGAUUGCUUCUUUAGGUUUGAGGGGAAACAGCCUUGGAAACUCAUAAAUAUAUUUUGCCAUGGUGAUGCGCUGGGUUCCUUUCUCUGUCCCACAUGGGGCUGCAUUUCUUCCCGUCUCCACCUUUUGGUUUGGGGGCUUCCAGUUCAAUGGCAAAAUAUCUAUCUUGAGAUGCCUUCCUUUCAUACUGGAGCCUGCCUUUCAGCCAAUAUACAUUUAAAAAAAAUGUUUUUUACAAAGAGUUCCUUCUAUAAUGUCCCCAUCUGGUAAGUGCACUUUAAAGAAAGGGGCAGGGCAGAUUUUCCAGAAGUGAAGCAACCUCAGGGUGUGAACUGGGGGGAGUCUUUUCUCCCAAGCCCCUCGGCCUCCAUCUAACUGAUAGGACUAUUGUUUUGGUUUCAGAUGGCCUUUCCUUCCACAUGGUGCUAAGGUGGUUUUCCAGGUAACUGCAGGGAUAGAGAAUGGUGGUCACAAGAAGUGUAAAUCAAGAAAGCCUGGUGCCCAAGUAUUCAGUCUUGCCUAGGAUGGAAGAACAGGAUCCCCCAGCAACGGGCAACUAUCCCCUAGUUUCUAAGUCAGGAAAGAAACCGGUGUGAGUGCGAGUCAGUGAAUACAGGCCGUGUUGGCCCAGGAUUCCUUCAAGGAAAGAAGUCCCUUCUCCCUUUCUCUGUUGUGCCCCUUUUACAAAUUAAGGAGAAAUACGAGGGGGAAAUACCAGAGGGAUGUGGAAUCAAUCCAAAGUAGUGAUAUUCAAACAUUUUUCAAAACAAAUCCUAUAGAGAACCCUAGUAUAAGAAGUAACUAAAAGUGAUACAGACCUGGGUGGUUUGCGUUUACUUUGUUUGGUGGUAAAUGCUCCAUUCAUUCAUGGGGGAGUCCUGGGACAGUCCUGAGAGACCCUGAGAGUUCUGCAGAGUAGUUCGGAAACCUUUGCUCUGAGGAAAGGAGUUCAGUCUGACUUCCCUGUCCCAAGCUUGCAACUCACAGCAGGGAGGGUAAGAGUUUGUGGCUGAGCCAUCCUAUCUCCAAGACCCAAUUGGGGAGGACGAGGACACAUGUGCACCUAUAGACUUGUGCUAAUAUUUGCCAGGAGGGCACUUAAGAAUCCAAUGGGUUUUAUGUAAUCUUACCACCAAAUGUGGCACACAAGAAAAUGUGAAGGUGGAGGGCAGAUGAGGAGAGAGGUGACAGAGGAAGCAGCCUUCUCUUUAGCAAGACAUGAGAGAAAUGUGAUACACUUACAGUAACCAGAAACAACACACACAAAGCCUUCAGCAGAAGGUUCACUCUACAUCUCCCUCCUCCUCCUCCUCUUCCUCCUCCUCCUCCUCCUCCUCCUUCUGCCACACACACUGCAUUCCUUUCAGAGAGCCAGGGUCGCUGUAAGGGGCACCUGGCCUGCCCACUUAACCGCUGCCAAAAUGUUGCAUGCCAGCGUGGAAGACAAACCAAACUGCACAAAACCCAGUGUGUAUUUGAUGUACAUA